AUUACCAAAAAAUCCCAAAAAAAUAAGCAAAAUAACCAAAUUUAUAAAUAAAAAAUGUGUUUAGCUUUCAAAGCAAGUUUUACGGCAUCGCAGCGCACAUAAAUGGAAUCCAAAUAAGAGGCAUCCCAGAAAGGGACACGCAACAUUAGUGAACGCAAACAAAGGCCAAAGGACAACAGCCACGACAACAACAAAUAGACGAAAUGGACAACAAUGAGGAGCUGAUGGACAGCAGCUACACUUGGAGCAAUUGGAGCACUUAUGCUCCAGCUCUGCUCUACACUGCGCUGAAUAGCGUCCUGUUGGAGGGCAAUCAGACGCCAUCAUCGAAGCAACUCGAUCUGAGCAACAAUCUGAGCAGAAUUGUACCUACAAGUAUAACGGGCCUUCCUGUCAGCGAUGCUUUGGACAUGCUUAUCGAUGAGGACGGCGCUGCGCCAGUUGCCUCGUUCGCCUUCGUAAUGCCCUGGUGGCGUCAGGUGCUCUGGAGCAUACUCUUUGGCGGCAUGGUCAUUGUGGCAACUGGCGGCAAUUUGAUUGUUGUCUGGAUUGUGCUGACCACCAAGCGUAUGCGCACCGUUACAAACUACUUUAUAGUGAACCUCUCCAUAGCCGAUGCGAUGGUCUCCAGUCUGAACGUGACCUUCAACUAUUACUAUAUGCUGGACAGCGAUUGGAUAUUUGGGGAGUUCUACUGCAAGGUAUCGCAGUUCAUUGCAAUGCUCAGCAUCUGUGCCUCGGUCUUCACUCUAAUGGCCAUAUCAAUCGACAGGUAUGUGGCAAUUAUGAAGCCGUUGCAGCCGCGGAUGAGCAAACGUCGCAAUUUGGCCAUCGCAGCUAUCAUUUGGCUCUCCUCGACGCUCAUCUCCUGUCCCAUGCUGCUGUUCUUCAAAACGGAGGAGGUGCCGGUGACCAUGGAGAACAAGACACGCAUCGUUUGCUUCUCAGAGUGGCCCGAUGGACAAACGAAUCACUCCAAACAGGAGCACAUCUACAAUAUACUGAUACUGAUACUCACCUACUUUCUGCCCAUCGUCUCGAUGACUGUCACCUACUCGCGCGUGGGCAUUGAGCUCUGGGGCUCGAAGACAAUUGGCGAGUAUACGCCUAGGCAAGUGGAGAAUGUGCGCAGCAAGCGCAGGGUGGUCAAAAUGAUGAUUGUGGUCGUCCUUAUAUUCGGCUUCUGCUGGCUGCCGUUCCACACCUACUUUAUAGUCACAUCCUGUUAUCCGGCGAUUACUGAAGCGCCAUUCAUUCAGGAGCUCUACUUGGUUAUCUACUGGCUGGCCAUGAGCAACUCCAUGUACAAUCCGAUUAUAUAUUGCUGGAUGAAUUCCCGCUUUCGCUAUGGCUUCAAGAUGGUCUUUCGCUGGUGUCCGUUUGUCAAUGUGGGCGCCGAGUCGCUGAAUCGGCGUGAGAAUCUAACGUCGCGCUACUCCUGCUCCGGCUCACCAGAUCACAAUCGCAUCAAACGGAAUGACACACAGAAAUCCAUUCUCUAUACCUGUCCCAGCUCGCCCAAGUCGCAUCGCGCCUCGCAUUGUGGUGUGCUGCGCAAUUCGAUGCCGCGUGCAGGUGAGAAGAGCAGCAGCAGUGGUGGUGGCGGCAUCAGGACUAACGCACGUGCCCACAGAUCGCCCUAUCAACAGGAGCUGCAAGAGCGCUGGACCAGCGAUAAGUCGAGCAGUUCCCUCAAUUCGGCAACGGAAUGCCGCACCACACAGCUGCUCUCCUGACAGCCAGUGCCCGCAACGGCCGAGCAGAGCUUGGAGCUGCAGAUGCAGAUUGUUGGCACCUCCAACAGCUACAACAACAACUACAGGCGCAUCAAUAGUGGCGCCCCACCGACGACAGCCGACGACAAGACUUGGCUCUAGAUUUCAUGCUCCUCUUAUUAAGUCUCGAAUUUAUCCUUAGUGAAUGACAUAACAUAAUUAAUCGAAACAAAAACAGUUAGCUAGCUGCAUCCCAUCUCAAUAUCUCAGCGACCCACGGAGCGUAUGAGUAACAUUUGAAAUAGUAGUAUACUAGAUGGCGCUGCACAGAUCUAAGCAGCUUGUGAAUGGGAAUCGCUAUGUGGCGCUAGGUGGCGCCAGCUCAGCAAAGCUGUCGUAUUGAUCUUAAGAGCUACUACUGCCCACACAGGACGUGUAAGUUAGCUGUUGCUAGAUAUCUCCGCUAGAUGGCGCUAAUAACAUGCGAAAACCUCGCUUCCUUUUCAUAUCCUAUUACGAAUAUUUAUAAUAUAAUUGCGGCUUAAUUAAAUGCAUAUAUUAUCACAGUGAGUG